GGCUUGAUGCAGUCCAGAUCGUUGCUGCCAACUAAGACUGUCUCACUUCACCUCCAGCUUCUCGUCAUUCAAAACAAAUGGCCACUGACCGUUACACAGAUUCCAGUCUGUAUUUUAUUUAUUUGUUUUUUUUCAGCACUUUUGCUUCUUUUACUUUUAAAACUUCCCUCUCUUGCUUUUAGUUCCCCUCCCCUCUUUCAGUUAUCUCCCUCCCCCUCCUCCCCUGCCUCUUCUAACUCCAGCAGGUCUGGACCACUGACACUCUCCCCUCUCAUGUGAAUGUGUCUGGGAAAAAGGGUGCAUGUGUAUGUCUCCAUUGAGAACUUUUUUUUUUUUUUUUUUAUAAACCAAACUCUUUGUGACAGAGGAGAGGAGUCCCCCUACAGUGCUGUGAUUUGACUAUCCAAACAGCCCGCUUCAGAGGCAUCCAUCCUCCAGCAGGCUCCCGGGACAGCGGAGAUUAACCUCACAGCCCCCUCGGACUCUGAACAUCUGAGACAUCUUCACAUCUGAAGCAGCAGCCCCCGUAGAGAGGAACAGCUGGAAGACUCUCCUCUCAUUUCAAGAGCAGGAGGGGAAAGAGGAGAUCACGUCUGGAUACGUAGCGAAGAAGAGCAGAGGGGAGGCUCAUCUGUGUUUCUGGGAACUUCGAAAGAAAGUCAGCAGAUCCACUAUGAGAGGUGUGACCAUCUUCGCCCUCAAUUUGACAGUAACAGUUCUCCUGUGUCUCUGCGGCGACGUGAGCUGCCUGGAGGUCACGCCGCAUGACGGUCAGCUCGUCCUUGCCGCGGGCUCCUCUCUCAUGCUCACCUGCUCGGGCUCGGGGGAGACCACCUGGGAGUUCAAGAGGGAUGACGUUCCUUAUUUCCAGGCGGAACAAGGCCAAACUGGUGUGCAGAGCUACCAAAUUGUAAAAAAUGGCGCCAAAUCCAGUGCGUUGAGCCUGUGGAACGUAAGCUGGAAGCACACUGGAGUGUAUCAGUGCAGUGAUCGACACACCGGAGAAAGGAAGGAGGUGGAGGUGUUUGUCCCAGAUCCUCAGGUAUGGUUCGUUGAAAGCGCUCAUGGUAUGCUGACCAAGACCAGUGAGCAGACCACCAUCCCCUGUGUGGUCACCAACCCCAAGAUUAACGUCUCCCUCUACGAGAAGGAUACUGACCUCCCAGUCAAGGGGCUGUAUGUCCCCAGCGAGGGGUACACUGCAGCCCUGGAGGACAGGACGUAUGUGUGUCGUGGCGAGCUGAACGGAGAGGUGAAAGAGUCCCAGGCUUUCUAUGUCUUCAGUAUCUUCGUCCCAGAGGCCAUCGACGCCUACAUCAACGCAUCAAAGACGGUGCUGAAGCAGGGCGAGCCACUGACAGUCAACUGCACCGUGCACGGAGCAGAGUUGGUCUUUUUUUCUUGGGAGUUCCCCAACAGGGAGGCAGCUGAUGUGGAACCACUAACAGACGUCCUGUCAGCUAUGAACAUGAGGUCCUGCCUCAUUUUCCCUCAUGCCACGUUAGGCCACAGCGGAAACUAUGUGUGCCAUGUCCACGAGGGGGUCCAGGACCAGACGGCCUCCGCCAGUGUCAACAUCACAGUGCUCGAACGAGGCUUUGUGGCAAUACAGCCGGCUGAGGAUUGUCACGUUUCGGCCCGGCUGCAGGAGAACGUGGAGCUGAAGGUGGAGGUGGAAGCCUACCCCCCCCCUCAGGUCAGCUGGAGCAAAGACGGAACUGCAAUCAAAGGAGACAAAAUCAUCAUGAACAGACAAGAGCAUGAGAUCAGAUAUGUCAGCAUCCUCACUUUGGUGCGGGUGAGGCCGGAGCAGAGGGGGCUCUACACUGCCCGGGUCACCAAUGGAGAUGACACUAAGGAUGUGACUUUUGACCUGGAAGUCCUAGUUCCCUCUCAGAUUAAAGAUCUGACGGACCACCACCUUCCCGGGAAGAGACACCUUGUGACCUGUGUAGCUGAGGGGGUCCCGACCCCGACCAUACAUUGGUACAGCUGCGACAGCAUGCUCAAGUGCAAUAACAAGACUACAAUAUGGCAACCGCUGGCACCAGAAGCAGAGGUGCUGAGCAUCCAGACCAACGUCACCCACAGCGAGAGCCGUAAAACCAGUCAGGUGUGGAGCCGUCUAACCUUCCACAAGCCGCAGCAGGUCACAGUUCGCUGCGAGACCAGCAACCAGGUGGGGAUGGUGGACAGAAGAGAUGUCAAACUGGUGUCCAGCACUCUCUUCUCCCAGGCGGCAGUGUUGGCAGCGGUCCUCGCCUUAGUGGUCAUCAUCAUCCUGGCCAUCAUCAUCCUCAUCGCAGUGUGGAGGAAGAAACCUCGCUAUGAGAUCCGCUGGAAGGUCAUAGAGUCAGUGAGCCAGGAUGGUCACGAGUACAUCUAUGUGGACCCCAUCCACUUGCCCUAUGACCUCACCUGGGAGAUGCCCAGAGACAACCUGGUGCUGGGUCGCACUCUCGGAUCGGGAGCUUUUGGCAGGGUGGUCGAAGCGACUGCGUAUGGUCUCUCGCAUUCCCAAUCCAGCACAAAAGUGGCCGUCAAAAUGCUGAAAUCGACAGCGAGAAGGAGCGAGACUCAAGCCCUGAUGUCAGAGUUGAAGAUUAUGAGUCACCUGGGUCCCCAUCUCAACGUUGUCAACUUACUGGGAGCCUGCACCAAGCAUGGUCCUCUGUACCUGGUGACUGAGUAUUGUCGCUAUGGCGACUUGGUAGACUACCUGCACAGGAACAAGUACACUUUCUUGCAGUAUUUUGCUGAGAAGAACCAAGAUGAAGGCUGCGUGAUCUCGAGGGGAAGCAGUCCGCUCAGUCAGGGGAAAGGCUACGUGUCAUUUGGAAGCGAGAGCGACGGAGGCUACAUGGACAUGAGCAAAGACGAGCCCUGUGUCUAUGUUCCCAUGCAAGAGCAGAUGGACUCCAUCAAGUACGCCGACAUCCAGUCAUCUCCAUACGAGUCGGCCUACCAGCAGGACCUCUACCAGGAACAAGUUGGCGGCAGACUGGACCUGGUCAUCAGUGACUCGUCCACACUCACUUAUGAUGACCUGCUGGGUUUCAGCUACCAAGUGGCUAAGGGCAUGGAGUUCCUGGCUUCCAAGAAUUGUGUACAUCGUGACCUCGCCGCCAGGAACGUGUUGAUCUGUGAGGGAAAACUGGUGAAGAUCUGUGACUUCGGACUGUCCAGAGACAUCAUGCACGACUCCAACUACAUCUCGAAAGGCAGCACCUUCCUGCCCCUCAAGUGGAUGGCACCAGAAAGUAUUUUCCACAAUUUGUACACAACUUUGAGCGAUGUGUGGUCCUAUGGCAUUCUUCUCUGGGAGCUUUUCACACUCGGAGGAACCCCCUACCCUGACCUGCCUAUGAAUGAGAUGUUUUACAGUGCCUUAAAGAGAGGAUACAGAAUGGCCAAACCUGCUCACGCCUCUGAUGAAGUCUAUGAGAUCAUGAAGAAGUGCUGGGAUGAGAAGUUUGAAAAAAGACCUGAGUUCUCCUUCCUCGUUCACAGUAUGGGCAACAUGCUGACUGAAAGCUAUAAAAAGAGAUACAGCCAAGUCAUUGACAACUUCCUGAAGAGUGACCACCCGGCUGUGGCCCGUACUAAGCCACGCCUCGCCUCCCCCUUCUCCGACGCCAACUCAACAUUCAGCUCCCCCUCUGUCGUCGCCCUCUCCUUCUCUCCACAACCUCGCGGUCAGGGCUCAAGCCUGGCUUAUUCGCAGGAGGUAGUCCCUUCCUACAACGACUACAUCAUACCCAUCCCGGACCCCAAGCCUGAGGACUCGUUCACUGAAAUGGAGUCAGAAAGUCCCGCAAGCUCCGUGGUUCUGGAAGAGGAGACAGACUCUGUUUCCCAGGACACAGCCGAUACCCUCCCAGAAGAGGAACGGGUGGAAGGGACCAGCGAGAGAGAUGCUCUGCUGGGCUUCUCGGGGACGCCCGAGGUAGAAGACAGCUUUCUUUAGUCACAUUUAGGAAUGCUGGAAAAAAAUCUGGGAAAAAAACAUUUGCUGGAGGAUCCCCCCCCCCCUAUCAUUACACAGGCCAUAAACAGGGAACUAAAAGGAGCCUUUUAUUUCCAUCAAACACUCGAGACGCUUUGUUCAUCAUCUAUAUAUAUAUAUAUAUAAUAUAAAACCCCAAUUCCAAUAAAGUUGGGACGUUGUGUUCAACAUAAAUAAAAACAGAAUACAAUGAUUUGCAAAUCAUGUUCAACCUAUAUUUCAUUGCAUACACUAGAAAGACAAGAUAUUUAAUGUUCAAACUGAUAAACUUUGUUUUUAGCAAAUAAUCAUUCAUUUAGAAUUUUAUGGCUGCAACACAUUCCAAAAAAGCUGGGACAUGGUCAUGUUUACCACUGUGUUACAUCACCUUUUCUUUUAACAUUUAAUAAACGUUCUGGGAACUGAGGACACUAAUUGUUGAAGCUUUGUAGGUGGAAUUCUUUUCCCAUUCUUGCUUGAUGUACAGCUUCAGCUGUUCAACAGUCCGGAGUCUCCGUUGUUGUAUUUUACGCUUCAUAAUGCGCCACACAUUUUCAAUGGGAGACAGGUCUGGACUGCAGGCAGGCCAGUCUAGUACCCGCACUCUUUUACGACGAAGCCACGCUGUUGUAACACGUGCAGAAUGUGGUUUGGCAUUGUCUUGCUGAAAUAAGCAGCGGCGUCCAUGAAAAAGACGUUGCUUGGGUGGCUGCAUAUGUUUCUCCAAAACCUGUAUGUACCUUUCAGCAUUAAUGGUGCCUUCACAGAUGUAUAAGUUACCCAUGCCAUUGGCACUAACACAGCCCCAUACCAUCACAGAUGCUGGCUUAUGAGCUUUGCGUCCAUAACAGUCCAGAUGGUACUUUUCCUCUUUGGCCCGGAUGACACGACGUCCACCAACAAUUGUUCCCAAAACAAUUUGAAAUGUGGACUUGUCGGACCACAGAACACUUUUCCACUUGAUAAAUGGCUUUUGCUUUGCAUAGUAGAGUUUCAAGUUGCACUUACGGAUGUUGCGCCGAACUGUGUUUACAUACAUUGGUUUUCUGAAGUGUUCCUGAGGCCAUGUGGUGAUAUCCUUUACAUAAUGAUGUCGGUUUUUGAUGCAGUGCCGCCUGACGGAUCGAAGGUCACGGGCAUUCAAUGUUGGGUUUCGGCCUUGGCGCUUACAUGCAGUGAUUUCUCCAGAUUCUCUGAACCUUUUGAUGAUAUUAUGGAGCGUAGAUGAUGAAAUCCCUAAAUUCCUUGCAAUGGUACAUUGAGGAACAUUGUCCUUAAACUGUUCGACUAUUUUCUCACGCACUUGUUCACAAAGAGGUGAAACUCAUCCCAUCUUUGCUUGUGAAUAACUGAGCAAUUCAGGGAAGCUCCUUUUAUACCCAAUUAUGGCACCCACCUGUUCCUAAUUAGCCUGUUCACCUAUGGGAUGUUCCAAGCAGGUGUUUGAUGAGCAUUCCUCAACUUUCUCAGCCUUUUUUGCUACCUGUCGCAGCUUUUUUGGAACGUGUUGCAGCCAUAAAAUUCUAAGUUAAUGAUUAUUUGCUGAAAACAAUCAAGUUUAUCAGUUUGAACAUUAAAUAUCUUGUCUUUGUAGCGAAUUCAAUUAAAUAUAGGUUGAACAUGACUCAUUGUAUUCGUUUUUUAUUUAUGUUUAACUUCAUUGGAAUUGUGUGUGUGUGUGUGUGUGUGUGUGUGUGUGUGUGUAUAUAUAUAUAUAUAUAUAUAUAUACACAUAUAUAUAUGUAUAUAUAUAUAUAUAUAUAUACACAUAUAUAUAUAUAUAUAUACACACCACAAUUAAAAUGUAUCACAAUGUAAGUCUGUACAAUCAAUAAUCGGCAUGGUUUUGUCACUCUUAGAAUGCUGGGAUGACAUAGAUACGGUACAUUCCUUAUAAUAUUCUUUAGUAUUGCCUGUAAUUAAUGUGAUAUUUGGGAAAUAUUAACCAUAAAGUAUGACACUUUUUUCUCUAUAUUUGUUAGAUACAUGGAAAUCCAUAACUCAUACAGAUGUGUGAUAGCCAGGUCUUAUAUAAAGAAACAAACAUAAUGUGUUAGAAAAUAUUGAAAAUGCACAUGUUGAAAUGCGGAAUCUAUGCACUGUUUUGAUAACCCAUAAUAAUAGAUGGCUUUAGUUGAAUAAGCUAAUGAGAAGACUAUGAGAUGUUUUUGUCCUUUGGAAUGAAUGUUUUCUUUCUGAAUAUGUCUUCAUUUGUAGUUUUGUGCCAGAUUUGCACUUUAUGUAGAAUAUAUACACAUAUAUAUAUUCAUGGUUAAGGUAAAUGUAAAAUGUUCGCUCUGGUAAAUGAUGUUUGACCUGUAAAUUCUCGCUGGCAUGUGAUAAUGUUUUAAAUCCGAAAAAUGAAGAUACUGUAUUAGUGUGCAUGUGUACAUCAGUUUAUUGCAAUGCAUUUAUGAGAACACUAAAUUGAAAAAAAUCUAGUGAUGUGACAAAGUAUUUGCUGCCCUCUCAAAUUCAUAUAUAUAUAUAUAUAUAUAUAUAUAUAUAUAUAUAUAUUUUUUUUUUUUACAUAGUUUCCCCACUUUGUUUAAGAUCAUUAAACAAAUGUAAAUAUCAGACAAACAUAAACCAAGUAAAAUAUAAUGGAGUUUUAAAAAUGGUGAUUUCAUUUAUUAAGGAAAAAAAAACUAUUUCAAAGUUACCUGGCCCUGCGUGAAAAAGUAAUGGCCCCCUAAACCUAAUAACUGGUCCUCCUCAGCAGGAACAACGGAAAUCAAGCAUUUUCCAAAACUGGCAAUGAGUCUUUCAUAUCUCUGUGGAGAUAUUUCGGAAUUGUUUUAAUUCAGCAACAGUGGAGGGUUUUCGAGAAUGAACGGUCCUUUUAACAUCAUGCCACUGCAUUUCAAUCGGAUUCAACUCUGGACUUUGACUCGGCCACUUUUAUUUUUAUUUCUUUCUUUAUUUAUUUUAACUAUACAGAAGUUGACUUGCUGGUGUGUUUUAGAUCGUUAUCAAACUGAUGGCUGAAGAUUCUCCGUCAGGAUUUCUGUUAAAGAGCAGAAAUUCAUAGUUCCAUCAAUCAUAGCAUCCCAAAAACGUGCAUUAAUCGGAGACUCUAAAUUGACCGUAGGUGUGAAUGUGAGUGCGGAUGGUUGUUUGUUUGUAUGUGCCCUGCGAUUGGCUGGCAACCAGUUCAGGGUGUACCCCGCCUCCUGCCCGAGGACAGCUGGGAUAGGCUCCAGCACGCCCACGACCCUAGUGAGGAGAAGCGGCUCAGAAAAUGGAUGGAUGGAUGGAUGGAUGAUCUUAAAAGUGAGGACGCUGCAAAAAAUAUAAACACAUUUGAGAAGGUGGCAAAUACUUUUUGACAGGACUGUACAUCUUUGUUAUACCUCAGAAUCUUCAUUUUUUCAGUAAAGCAAGAUAUUUUUGGACAACUUUAUGCAUAAAGCAAGGUCUAUAAAUGUAUGUGUGAACUUGAGAGCCAGGUAGUCCAAUUUCACAAAAACAUCUCCCAGACACAAUCUUGUAGAUUGUCUUAUUUUCAAAAGUGGAAGCUACAAAGGGUGUCUGCUCCUAUAUUUUCCUCCAUGUUAUCUUCUUGUCAGUGUAUGUCCCAAUACUUACGUUCAAGUUGUGUCCAUAAAUAGCAAGAAAAAAGUUGAUUUAAAUUGAAAAAAACAAAUAUAAACGGCCGAAAUAGAUUUAGGUGUCACCUGCCAGUGAGGAUGUGUGGUUGUUACACUGAGGAGAAUAAUAAAAAUAGCAUAUCACUGCCUUCACACAAAAUGAAACAAAUGAGUGCCUUUUUUGUACAGUCUAUUCACUGUACAUAUUGUUGCAGCAAAUUGCUUAUAAUGAGGGGCUACUGUGCACUGAUAUAAAGCGUGCACCUACAAACGUCAUGCACGUAUGCGACACUUCAACCACAAGCUAUGGUACCAAAGCUCAAUGUAAGGUUUACUAUGUGUGUACUUUAUGUAUUGUGAAAAUAAAUGUGUAU